AUGAUAGGAAUUUUCUUAUUAUUCGCAUCAACCUAUUAUGGAAAUGCUUUGAAUUGUACACAGUACAAAUAUGCAACGAAUUCAUCAUCAUGUACAGAAGAUUGUGAAAGUGACUUGUGCUAUAUUGCUGUGAACAGCGAGAAAAGCGAAACGAUGGCUGCUGGAUGUGUUGAGACCGGUGAAAUGCCACUUGAAAUGUUUAAUGAGAAAAAUCUGUGCCAGAAAAAAGAUACAUUCGUCGUUUGCAUUUGUACUACAUUUGACAGAUGCAAUACUCUCGAAGAAAUAUUGAAUGGUGCUUUCCAAGAAGUUUAUGCAUCAUUUCUUACCGAGAAUUAUCAGUUUUUACCGAUCAGUUCAAGUACUGACGAUGAGCUCAUCAACAUGACCGAGGCUAAUUCUUGCGCAAAUCGUUUGGCCAUUGCAUUCACCGGAAAUUAUGAAAAUGCGACAAAUAACGGCGAUUUUCUGUAUCAAAUUAUCGAUAAUGGAACGAAUGGGAUAAUUGAAGGGAAAAAAAUUCCAAAGAGUGGUCCAUCGUUUCUUGCAAUUGAUGCUGCAGCAAGCAAUGAUCCUACGGCUGGGAAUAAUGAUUCAUUGAAUGGCGAUGUGAAAAUGGGAAAAAAUUCGCUGAUCGCUGAAGAAAAGAGUGCAAAGCGAGAAUAA